UGCAACCGACCAAGACGUUGUGCUUAUACCCAGUAGAGAAUCGGCGACGUACCUCAAACGUAUUACUUAUUUAUAAGAACAGGCGUACCGCGUACAGCGCGCGUGACUUGUCUCAGUGUUAAGGAAACUCCGUAUAAGACAACACGCCGCCGUCUUGAGGAACUCCGAGGUUUUAUUAACUCACAUAGUCGACAAUCGCACCAGAUACUUGAAAAAUGCGUGAGUGUAUAUCCGUACAUAUCGGCCAAGCCGGCGUGCAGAUCGGUAAUGCUUGCUGGGAACUGUACUGCUUGGAACAUGGAAUUCAACCGGACGGACAAAUGCCAUCUGACAAGACCAUCGGAGGAGGCGAUGACAGCUUUAACACGUUUUUCAGUGAGACUGGCGCUGGAAAACACGUUCCCAGGGCUGUCUUUGUCGACUUGGAACCGACCGUUGUCGACGAAGUGCGCACCGGCACUUACAGGCAGUUGUUUCAUCCUGAGCAGCUAAUCACCGGCAAAGAGGAUGCGGCUAAUAACUACGCCCGAGGUCACUACACCAUAGGCAAGGAAAUUGUGGACAUCGUGCUGGACCGAAUUCGUAAGCUUGCAGACCAGUGUACGGGACUGCAGGGUUUUCUGGUGUUUCACUCGUUCGGCGGUGGCACCGGUUCCGGGUUCACAUCGCUGUUAAUGGAGCGCUUGAGCGUGGACUACGGCAAGAAGAGCAAACUGGAGUUUUCCAUUUACCCAGCGCCGCAAGUGUCAACUGCCGUGGUAGAACCGUACAACUCCAUACUGACCACGCACACCACGCUCGAGCACUCUGACUGUUCGUUCAUGGUUGAUAAUGAGGCUAUCUAUGACAUCUGCUGCAGGAAUCUGGAUAUCGAGAGGCCGACGUACACGAAUCUCAACCGGCUGAUCGGCCAAAUAGUUUCUUCCAUUACGGCGUCGUUGAGAUUUGACGGCGCUCUCAAUGUCGAUCUCACAGAAUUUCAGACCAACUUGGUGCCAUACCCACGGAUUCAUUUCCCGUUGGCCACGUACGCGCCGGUGAUAUCCGCCGAGAAAGCUUACCACGAACAGAUGACUGUAGCCGAAAUCACCAACGCCUGCUUCGAAACAGCCAAUCAGAUGGUAAAGUGUGAUCCCCGACAUGGCAAGUACAUGGCGUGUUGCAUGCUGUACAGAGGGGACGUGGUUCCAAAAGACGUGAACGCUGCUAUCGCUACCAUCAAGACAAAGCGAACCAUUCAGUUCGUUGACUGGUGCCCGACCGGUUUCAAAGUGGGCAUCAAUUAUCAACCGCCCACCGUAGUGCCGGGCGGCGACUUGGCCAAGGUGCAGCGGGCCGUUUGUAUGCUGUCCAACACCACGGCCAUUGCCGAGGCGUGGGCUCGCCUUGACCACAAGUUCGACUUGAUGUACGCGAAACGGGCGUUCGUCCAUUGGUACGUCGGCGAGGGCAUGGAGGAAGGCGAGUUCAGCGAGGCUCGCGAGGACUUGGCCGCCCUGGAAAAGGAUUACGAGGAAGUAGCCACCGAUUCGGCUGACGGUGGCGACGAAGGGGACGAAUAUUAACUCUCUAGAUCUCCGGAACGCCGUUUCGAAAAAUCAUUAGCGGACGUUCUCUAUCCGGACAAUACGUUUUCCCAUCAAAACUUACACAUUCAACCAUAAGUGUCUUUUAUCAGUUAAUCUUUAACCACACUUAAUUCCAAAUACUUAACUGUACAUACUAACUCUAAACACUCAGUUAAAAUACCGAGUUUUCCAUUGCUAUUAAUGCCGAGUGAAAGACUAAUACAAGACGAUGCGAUUAGCCCCAAUUCUAAAAGAGGUUUAAGUCCAAAUAUUUUAUAUUUAGCAAAGGCAAGACAAUUCGUUUUUUUUAAUGAUAUUUGUGAAUUUUUUAUAAAAAAUUGCUGAAUCACAUACAGGAACAUACAUGCCUAACAUAGUUAAGUGCACAAGUGUUAAUAUAAAUAAUUAAUAAUUAAUUUUAAAUGUUAAGUUUUUUUAAACUUUUUGAGCUUAUCGGACAAUAAUGAAGUAUUAUUAUUUUCGAACAAGGACAUUUCUAUCCAUUUAAACUGUUCGAUUUUAAAAAUUAACUAGUUAAGUAUACUUAUCACUGUUGUAGUCUUAAAAAUCGAUGGCGAUUAAUUUAUUUUUAUACUGAGGUUAGAUAUUUAAAAACCUAUCCACUCAUCGUUUGGAAAAUUAAAUCUAUUUAGUUUCUCGUAUGUUAUAAAUCGUGGAUUUAUGACCUCCAAACUCAAAUGAAUCUUUUGUAUUCAGUAUUACAGAUUUUGCAUUACCUUAAGUAUUGAUUGGGGCGCCACCGAGUAAUGUACGAUUUAAACAAGAAAUAUAGUUUAUACCUAUUGGUUUUUUGCGUAAAAUAAUUAUAGCACAAUUAAUGCACUCUAGUUCACGCGUUAUACAUAAGUAUAUUAUUAGUAUACGCAUAAAAAAGUACCAGAACUUAUUUUUAAUUUCCUAUGAUAACAUUUCAUAUUACACACAAUAUUACCUUGUAUAAUGUUUAUAAUUAUUAGUUUACUAACUAUAAUAUAGAUACUAUUAUGAAUCUGUCUAAAUUUAAGUGUACCUAGUACCUACUACUUAAAAUAAUAUCAUCAAUGGGGAAAAAUAAAUGUUCAUAGCAAAAGAAACUCCGUGCUUAUGAAAACGUGUCUUCUAUGUAUACAUUUCAAUAUUAAUUGAAGCCAUGAGAACCAAAUUAAAGGGUAAAAGUAAAAUUAUUUUCAUAAAGAAGUCCCAAUCGAUUAUUAGUUUAUCAACGAGACAUUUAUUUAUUUGUAUUUGUUUUGUAAUUUUUUGUCAAUUUUAAAAAAAUACGAUAUUAAAAAGAAUUGAUGAACAUCACCCAUAAGAGCACUUCAAAAAUAUAAUUUGUAUUUUAAUCUACUAGAAAUAUCUAUUGAAUAUGUGUA